UGGUCGACUAUAGGUGCCACCCUCGUUUCUCACCUCCAGGGGCCCUGGGCACCUCACCAUUGAUGUUUCACUUGGUGGAAGAUGACAGGGUACUACGAGCUAUUACGGGUGUCUAUUGUCUACAUUUUAUGCAUCACAAAUGUUUCGAUUUUGUCCAUUUCGAUUCUGACACAUCCAUAGGUUUGGCGAAGCCGGGGAAAUGGUCGUGGAAAACGUCAUAUCCUGUGCAAAAGUAUCGUACUCGUACAAAUGCUAAUGCAGGUCUUGCAUUACAAAUCUUGUUUCCAAGUCAAAUCUGCAUUACAAAUUUGAUUUCUCAUGCUGAGGAAAUUUGUAAUGCAUUUAUACGAGUACGAUACUUUUGCAGUUCAUACGUCACGCCCGGGUGACAGGGAACAGAAAAAGGGGCCGUCGUGGGGACUGUCGUGUCUUCCGGCGUUCUUUUCGAAGAUGCUGCUUGAAAAAUUGGUGUCUUCGUUCAUGAUCGCGGGAGGACGUCGAGGACUUCUUCUACGGCGGACAUUGCAUGCUCCUUUGUACCAAACCAAACCCCCGAGCAGGACUUGUUGCAGUACGUACGACCUUUAG